AUGACCCUGGGGACAAGGUUGUCCCCAAGGCUGUCACUGAGCCCGGUGACACAGGGGAAGAGCACGGAGGAGGGCCUGCAGCAGGUGGAUGAGCUGGUGGCACAGUACCGGCGCGGCUGCCUCUGGUGGAUCUCACCAUGGAUGCCCAUCCUCCGCCUCUUCCACCCCGAGACCCUCCGUCCCAUCCUCCUGGCCGCAGCCUCCAUCGCCCCCAAGGACCAGCUUUUCUACGGCUUCCUCAAGCCCUGGCUGGGGGACGGGCUGCUGCUGAGCCACGGGCGGAAGUGGGCUCAGCACCGGCGCCUGCUGACACCCGCCUUCCACGGGGACCUCCUCAAGUCCUACGUGGGCAUCUUCAACCAGAGCACCCACAUCCUGCACGCCAAGUGGCGGGGACACGCAGCGGGGGGUGCGGUGGGGCUGGAGGUGCUGGAGCAGCUCAGCCUCCUCACCCUGGACACCCUUCAGAGCUGCAUCUUCGGCCACCAGAGCCACUGCCAAGAGCAGCCCAGCGAGUACAUCAAGGCCAUCUUGGAGCUGAGCACCUUGGUGGUGAGACGCCAUCACCGCCUGCUCCAUCACCCAACGUGGCUCUACCGCCUCUCGGCUGACGGGCGCCGCUUCGCCCAAACCUGCGCCACCGUGCACAGCUUCACCGCCGCCGUGGUGCAGCGCCGGCGUCAGGCCCUUGACCGCCUUGGCCACCAGGCCUGGCUGGAGAGCCACCAGGGACGGAGCAUGGCCUUCAUUGACCUUCUCCUGCUCUCUAAGGACGAGGACGGCAACACCCUGUCGGAUGAGGACAUCUCAGCCGAGGCUGACACCUUCAUGUUCGAGGGCCACGACACGACGGCCAGCGGCCUGGCAUCCCUGGCCCGCCACCCCCACUACCAGGAGAGGUGCCGCCAGGAGGUCCACGAGCUCCUCAAAGGCAGGAACGUGGAGGAGAUCGAAUGGGAGGACCUGUCCCACCUGCCCUUCACCACCAUGUGCAUCAAGGAAAGCCUCCGCCUGCAUCCCCCUGUCACUGCUGUGUCCCGGCGCUGCACCGAGGACAUCGCCCUACGUGAUGGACGUGUCAUCCCCAAGGGGAUCAUCUGCUUGAUGAGCAUCUAUGGGACCCACCACAACCCGGAUCUCUGGCCCGAGCCUGAGGUCUACAACCCACUGAGGUUCAGCCCAGAGAACAGCCAGGGACGGUCCCCGUUGGCCUUCAUCCCCUUCUCUGCCGGUCCCAGGAACUGCAUCGGGCAGAGCUUCGCCAUGGCCGAGCUGAAGGUGGUGGCGGCAUUGACGGUGGCACGCUUCACCAUCCGGCUGGACGCAGAGCGGCCACCACGCCGCAAGCCCGAGCUCAUCCUCCGCACCGAGGACGGGCUCUGGCUGGUGCUGGAGCCACUGCCGGAGGUGGCCUGA